ACACACACACACAGACAGACAGACAGAGAGAAGAUUAGCUGCUGUUUGGACCCUCAUGGGGUCUCAUUCACAUGGAAACAAACACGUCUUCAUUCUCAUUGGUAGCCAGUGUCCAUAAGUCUUUGGCUGCCAUUCAAAGCUGCUACUUCCACACGUUCCUCAGCCUGCAGACGCCAGGAACAUCUGACAACAUCUCAAACAGAUAUCUUAUAUGUAUUUUGUAUUUUUUACAAUGAAAGCAGAAUAGCGCUCAGUGUGUACCUUUUCAGCAGGGAAGUUCAUUUUAUAACCGAGUGAAAUCAUUCCAAAUAUUUGAAUCAUGGCCUCUGCUGUGGUCCCCGCAACACAAACCAUGUUUUCCAUCGAGAGGAUUUUGGGUCCGGAGGAAAAAGGACCCGAUACCUGCUUGAAACUCCACAGGCCCUGGGGCCAGACAGACACAGAGUCAGACGAAGAGCACCAUCACGAACGUGGUCGCCAUCAUUGCCGAGUGAACCUACAGAGUCCAACAUCCAGCUGGUACAUCGGACGUAGACCACGAACGGCCUUCACCGAUCACCAAGUGAAUGUUUUGGAAGCAGUGUUUCGGGUCAACUGUUAUCCAGGAAUCCAUCUGAGGGAACAUCUGGGAGGGCGCCUGGAUCUGGAUGAAGACCGCAUACAGAUAUGGUUCCAGAACCGGCGGGCCAAACUGAGACGAUCCCUCAGAGAGAGUCGACUGAGAGUGGUGCAGUCGGCGGUGGCAGACCUCAGGGUAAAGGUCAUUGGUCAACUAAGGAGCGAUGGCCGGACGUUGGAGGACGAGAAGGAAUGAGAGAAGAUAUAUUUUUUCCAUCCCUCCACGUGGCUUUAAGAGAAGAAAGUGCGGUUCAUAACAGACUAAUGACCUGUCAAUCACAGGACUCACAGACAUUAACCUUGUUUAACCCCAAUUAUUAACACAUAAGUCUAGUCUUUUUUCAACUCUUAUAUUGUCUGAUGAACAUAAUUAAAUGUUUAUACCUUAUUAUUUUUGGUUGCAUUUUCUGCACUGGAUCAGUGAAUAUUCUCAAGGAUUCAAGGAACUGUAUUCUGUUUUGUUGUAUGGCUUACAUCAAAAUAAACAUAGUAA